AUGAUGGGUUCCAAGGCAUUUUUGUUUCUUGGCCUUUUUUUGGUUAUUUUUGCAAUAAUUAGCUCUAAGGUUGUAGCUAGGGAGUUGGCUGAGACCUCAAUGAAAUCGGAUGAUGUACACGAUGAUGGAUAUAAUGAUAUUGACGGAUAUCCCGAAGAUGACCAUAAGGAAUAUAACAAUGGAUAUAAAUUUUCUGGUGGCGGAUAUUAUCCUCCACGUGGUGGAUAUAAUUCCCAAGGUAGUGGAUAUAAACCUCGGUGUGGUGAAUAUAACCCUCCAAGUGGUGAUUAUAACCCCCAAAAUGGUAAAUAUGAAUCCCCUAGUGAUGAGUAUAAACCUCCAGAUGCACAUGACAAAUAUAAACCCCCUAGUGAUGAAUACAAACCUCCAGGUGACAAAUAUAACCCCCCACAUGACAAAUAUAAAUCUCCUAGUGACGAAUACAAACCUCCAGGUGAUAAACAUAACCCUCCACAUGACAAAUAUAAACCUCCUAGUGACAUAUACAAACCUCCAGGUGACAAAUAUAACUCUCCACAUGACAAAUAUAAACCCCCUAGUAAUGAAUACAAAUCUCCCGGCGACAAAUAUAACCCUCCACAUGACAAAUAUAAAUCUCCUAGUGACGAAUACAAACCUCCAAGUGACAAAUAUAAACCUCCUAGUGACGAAUACAAACCUUCAGGUGACAAAUAUAACCCUCUACAUGACAAAUAUAAACCUCCUAGUGAUGAAUACAAACCAUCUAGUGAUGAAUAUAAAUCUUCAGGCGACAAAUAUAACCUCCCACAUGACAAAUAUAAAUCUCCUAGUGAUGAAUAUAAACCUCCUAGUGACGAAUACAAACCUCCAGGUGACAAAUAUAACCUUCCACAUGACAAAUAUAAACCUCCUAGUGACGAAUACAAACCUUCAGGUGACAAAUAUAACCCUCCACAUGACAAAUAUAAAUCCCCUAGUGACGAAUACAAAUCUCCAGGUGACAAACAUAACCCCCCAUAUGACAAAUAUAAACCCCCUAGUGAUGAGUACAAACCUCCAGGUGACAAAUAUAAACCUCCUAGUGACAAAUACAAAUCUCCCGGCGACAAAUAUAACCCUCCACAUUACAAAUAUAAAUCCCCUAGUGAUGGAUACAAUCCUUCCGGUGAAGGCCAUGAAUAA